AUGUCUGGCUCCUCUACCCCGUCAACCUCCUCGUCGCCCUCCUCGUCGCCAGCUUCAUCGCCGCCGACAACGCCCCCGAAUCUUCACCAAAACACCAUCGAUCCUUCUGCUCCAUGGCUCAUACAAAAGUUUGGUGGAACCAGCGUUGGAAAAUUUGCUGUCAAGAUCGCAGAAGACGUCGUAUCGAACUACAUCGACUCGAAUAAAGUCGCUAUUGUAUGCUCUGCACGGUCUGGAUCUACCAAGGCGCUAGGAACGACGAACCUCCUCCUGCGAGCCGCUUCUGAGGCACUGGUCCGUCGAAAACCUGGCGGAGUCAGUACACCAGGAACUGGUACAGUCACACCGAUGCUUUUCGGCCGAAUGAAAGAUACGUCGCAGUCUCCGCCUAUCUCUCCGACAAGGAGCAGAUCCUCAUCAGAUCACCAGCAUCAGACCUUCAACUGUCUCGCCCCGUUGGCCGUGCCCCAAGCGGGCCAGGAAUUGCCGGUUUACAAUGUUACAGUCGAUCUCAUUCGCCAGGAGCACCUCAAUGCCGCCGGGGAGAGUAUUAGGGAUCCUGACAUCCGAAAAGAGCUCGAGGCUGAAAUAGAGAGCGACUGUGACUGGCUUCGGAGUUUUUUGUUCGCAUCGCAGGAUGCCAAGGUCAUCGACGAAAUCUCUCUUCGUUCCCGAGAUAGUAUCAUCGGGCUCGGUGAACGUCUGGCUUGUAAAUUCAUGACAGCCGUACUUAGGGAUCAAGGCAUCGACGCCGAGUAUGUCUCGCUCGAGAACAUAGUACCGGAGAUGGACGAGGAUGGCUCCUUAGAUCAAGCCUUCUACGACCGCCUCGCCAUCGCCGUAGGCGAACGCAUCGAACUAUGUGGCCAGCGCGUACCCGUCGUCACAGGUUUCUUUGGACCUGUUCCCGGUUCGUUGUUACGACAAGUCGGGCGGGGUUAUACCGACCUGCUUUCCGCCCUCCUCGCCGUCGGCGUCAAAGCCUCAGAAUUGCAGAUCUGGAAAGAGGUCGACGGGAUCUUCACCGCCGACCCGCGCAAGGUGGCCACAGCGCGUGUGAUCCCACUCAUCUCCCCCGAUGAGGCGGCCGAGUUGACGUACUAUGGGAGCGAAGUCGUGCAUCCCUUCACGAUGGAGCAGGUCAUCCGGAAGAAAAUUCCCAUUAGGAUCAAGAAUGUGGAGAAUCCGGCGGGGUUGGGGACUGUUAUUUAUCCAGACCCGGAGGAGGAGGGAAAGGAAGUCCCAGUGGCGAGACAAUCGGUUACAGAACAUGAUGUCUUGGGUAAGGAGAGCAAAAGGGCGACUGCUGUGACCAUAAAGGAGCGCAUUAUUGUGCUGAAUGUCAAUUCCAACAGGAAGAGCGUUUCGCAUGGGUUCCUCGCUGGGAUUUUCACCACACUCGAUAGAUUUGGAGUCGUAGUGGAUCUUAUCAGCACAAGUGAGGUGCAUGUUAGUAUGGCUAUCGAAGAUGGGUUAAUCCCGAAAAUUAUGGAUCGUCUCGUUAGGGAGCUCCGCAAGAGCGGGACGGUAUCCGUGCAUCAAGAUAUGGCCAUCCUUUCCCUGGUAGGGAAGCGGAUGCGCAAUAUGGUUGGCAUUGCGGGAAACAUGUUCACCACGCUUGCGAAGGGUAAUGUUAACAUAGAGAUGAUAAGCCAGGGGGCUAGUGAGAUCAAUAUUUCAUGUGUCAUCGAGGGAAGGGAUGCCGUUAAGGCCCUCAAUCUCAUACAUCAGAGCUGCUUACAGAUUCCGCCGCCAUCGCAAGGAAGAAUAGGACCGUGGCUAUUCUAA